AAUGCUUCCUAUGGGAAGAAAAUAAUCAGAUUAUUGAAAAUAAGAACUAGGAUUGCAUAAAUAAGACAAAUUUAUCAAGAAAUUACAUAUAUAUAUAUAAUAUUUGAAGCAGCAAACAACUAUUCACCAGUAUCAUAAUGACUUGCCGGCAGCAUGGUCGAAAAUCGUAAAGAGGUUAUGUUAGAUUAACCUAACCAUUCUUACGUGCUUUGUGUUUAUGUCGUGCGUUGGAUUUACUUUUAUAAAAUUCGCAUUUAAAAUUAUAGUGAGAUUUAAUUUAUAAUAAAUAUGAAACGUUUAUCAGAAGAAAGAACAAAACUUGUGUUCGAAAAAUUAAAAAAAUAUAUUGGAGAAAAUAUAAAAAAUUUAAUAGACCGACCAGAUGGCACGUAUUGUUUUCGCGAAAAGAAAGAUAGAAUAUAUUAUGUUUCAGAAAAAAUUUUAUCAUUAGCACAUACAGUUAGCCCAGAUCAUUUAGUUAGUUUGGGUACAUGUCUGGGAAAGUUUACUAAAUCAGGAAAAUUUAAAUUGCAUAUUACUGCUUUGAAUUAUCUUGCACCAUAUGCUCAACAUAAGCUUUGGGUAAAGUCUUCGGCAGAACAACAAUUUUUAUAUGGACAUCAUGUCUUAAAAUCUGGUUUAGGACGUAUAACAGAGAAUACAGGACAGUACCAAGGUGUAAUUGUUUUUUCUAUGAAUGAUAUACCUUUGGGAUUUGGUGUAAUGGCUAAAAGCACAUUGGAAUGUAAAAAUGCAGAUCCUAUGGCAACAAUUUGUUUCCAUCAAGCAGAUAUUGGGGAAUAUAUUCGAUCUGAGGACACGUUAUUAUAAUUUCUAGGUUUUUAAAUCAUUUCCUUGUACAUAAAUAUUAAGAUGUUACAUUUAUAUAUAUGUACAUUUAUAUUUUACAUAAAAAUGAAUAAGUAAA